UUUUUCUCUAAUAAUCUUCCAUCACUGUAUUUUGCAGGUUUCUUUCUCUCUCUGCCCUAUAAUAACUAGGGUUUCCUCUUUCAACUCUCACAUCUCAUACCAUCAAAAUAAAGAAUUUUCAUCUCUCUCUUUCUCUGUCUGUCUCUCUCUCUCUAAAUGACUGCAUAGUGUUUUCUUCCUUGGGACAAUCCUAUUGUAUUAUAGAUCUUGAAAGAGCCUACUAAACAAGAGAAGAACAGAUAAAAGGAUAGCAUUUCUGUUCCUCUCUCCUGAUCAAAGAUAACCUAGUCAUACAACGGAUACAUGGCUUCUUCUAGCUAUUCAAAUGCUCCAUGUGCUGCUUGCAAGUUCUUGAGGAGAAAAUGUCUACCAGAUUGCAUUUUUGCGCCCUAUUUUCCGCCAGAAGAGCCACAAAAGUUUGCUAAUGUUCAUAAAAUCUUUGGUGCAAGUAAUGUGAGUAAGUUACUGAACGAGGUGCUUCCUCAUCAGAGAGAAGAUGCAGUUAACUCUCUUGCCUAUGAAGCCGAAGCGCGAAUGAAAGACCCUGUGUAUGGUUGUGUUGGAGCUAUUUCAGUGCUCCAAAGGCAAGUCAUUAGGCUUCAAAAGGAAUUAGAUGCUACAAAUGCAGAUUUAAUUAGGUAUGCCUGUAAUGAAAUGCAACAAGCAACACCUCCUCAUCAAUUUAAUGGAAGAAGGAGUACUAUUGGUCCUGGUUAUGGUGAUGGAGGAAGUGUUAAUUAUGAUCAAAAUGCUGGGUUUUAUUAUGCUUCUCCUUGGAAUAAUGAUAAUGGUGGUGAUACUCAAGAGAGAGAAGAUCAUGGUAGUAUUUAGUUUUUUUAGGUUUUUUGAUUGUUAAUCUUGUAAGAUUAAUUAGUAUAUUUAUGUGAAAUAUUGUUAAUUAUUAAUAUUAAUUAUUGUUAUUAUUGAUUAGGGAAAGAGAGACCCAUUUAGGGUUUCUUUCUGUGAAAUUAUUAGCCCUUAUUGUACUAUGUUUAUAAUCUUGGUAGAAAAAAGAAUAUGUGGUCUGCUAUCCUGUUGUAGAAAUUAAUGUUUGAUCUUUCUAUACCUAUUGACCA